AUGAAGAUGUUACUUGACGUUCGUCAAUUUACAUCUGCUGAAUUAUUGGGUAAUUUUAUAGUAUCAUUACCAUUAUUAUCAACAAAUAAUAUAACAUUGGCAUUUUCAAAUCAAAAUAAUCAAUUGGUUCAAUGGAUCUACCAAGCAUUAAUUAUGUUUGCCGAUUCCAUCUAUGGACAAUCACAAUACCUUCGUGCACUCAAAUAUUACAAGAAUGCACUAGAUAUUGUUAUCAAGGCAAUCAACCAGAGUGCAAGCCAAGCCUCUUCAUUACAUCAACAACAACCAGCAGCAGUUGGAAAUAAUCUUUUUGGAACCAAUUCUCAUUUCCCAAAAUCAUUGAUGGAUAUUAAGCAAUUAAAAUCGAUUGAAUAUGAUCUACGUUACAAAAUUGCAUUAUGUUUUAUUAAUACAAAGAAAAUUAAUCUUGCAAUCUCCUAUUUGGAAUCAAUACCAAAUACAAGUAGAUCACUUGAUAUUAAUUUAACAAUGGCAAGAUUAUACAAAGAUAUGAGUGGUGUUGGAAAAGAAAGAACAAAAGAUGCGAUAUUAUGUUUUAAAGAAGUUUUAAGAAUUUGUCCAUUAUGUAUAGAGGCAACUAUUGCAAUCAAAGAAUUGGGAGAAGAUCCAGAACUAUUUUUAACACAAGUUUUACACAAGCAACCCAUUUCAAAUGCAAAUAUCGAUUCAUCUUGGAUUCCUGCUUUGGCACUAUCUCAAUUUGAAUUAAAAAGAAAUCAACCUCAAAAAAAGUUAGCAUUAUCAUAUCUCUAUCAUGAUGAGCCAUCCAUUAUCAAUACCAUCAAUACGUUUCAUAAAAUCAGACAAUAUGAUAGUUAUUAUACAAAUUCAAUGGAUAUUUAUUGUUCCUUAUUAAAACGUAGACAAUUACAAUUUGAAUUAAACAAAGUAUGUCAUGAUUUAUUAAAUACAAAUUCAGGAGCACCAGAAAGUUGGACAUCGGUAGCAUUAUAUUACUUUUUAAAAGAAAAUAAUGAAAAGGCAAUGGAAUGUGUUGAUAGAGCUAUUAGUCUUAGGGAAACACAUCCCUUUUCACAUUCUCUAAAAGGAGAGAUUUACUUGUCGUUGGAGGAUCCAAAAUCAGCGCUGCCUUGGUUGGAUCGUGCUUUCCAACUUUCCAAAAAUAUAUUGACCGCAAGAGAAUUGGUUAGAUGUCAUCUCUUCCUCAAUCAAAUCAACGAAGCCCUCAUGGUUGCCCAAGCUAUUCACCGAAUGAGUCCAGAAUACUCAAAAUCAAUGUCAUUGGUGGGUAUGGUUUUGGCCAAUCAACCAGAGGAAAGACCAAGGGCCAGAAAAAUUCUCUCAGAGGCUCUCGUAUUGUCUCCACAUUGCAUUGAUACAGUUCUUACACUUAGUAAAUUAAAUAUGGUUGAAGGAAAAUUACAAGAAGCUUUAGAUUUAAUACAAAAACAAUUAGAAUAUCAAGAAACAGAUUUAAUGCAUACGGAAAUGGCAAAUAUUUAUGUUACUAAAGAAAAUUAUGAAGAUGCAAUGAGACAUUACAAUAGUGCGUUGGAGAUCAAUCACCAGUACGAACCUGCCAUUAGAGGUUUACAUCGAUUAGAAUUGAUAAUGAAAGGAAUCGAUCCUGAUCAAGAAGAAGAGGAACUAGAAGAUGAUGAAGAAAUUGAUGAAGAUGAAUUAGAUGAAGACGACAUGGAAGAAGAGGAUAUUAUCGAAGAUAUGGAUGGUGAUUUUGAAGAAUAA